GGCAGCGGCGCAGGCAGAGGAAAGAGCCGUGAAGUCCAGCGACGUGACCCGGAAGCCACGGUUGCACGGCAACGUCGCCAGUGUCUAAAGUUAGCGGGCGUAAGCUGCGGGUAAUACCAGGCCAGGUGAGGCCGCAGCAGCGAAACCCCCUCAGGGCGUUGGACGGAGGAGGGUCGCGAGUUAUCGCUUGUGAAUUCGGCUUUUCAUUUGUAACCGGAAGAUUGUGUUAUUCAUUCUUCCAGAAGGGGCAUGUGCUGGCUUUAAAGUUCGUCAUGUUGAGGAGUCAGCGCAUCACAGCCGGACGGGGUCUGUGUCUGCUGCUCAAACCCCAUCUAUUCAUGUCAGCUUGCUGAAUUUUCUCUCUAGUGUCACCAUGUCUGAUUUCGAAGAUCAUGGAGGGCACCAGGAGGAAGAAGAUGAGGAGCAGGGAGAGGGAGAAGAACGCCCCAAAUACAAGCCUGUGGUUACACAGCUUGCUGCCCCUAAAAUCCCUGAGGGCGAGAGGGUCGACUUUGAUGAUAUCCAUAGGAAAAGGAUGGAGAAAGAUCUUCUGGAGCUGCAGACUCUGAUUGAUGUCCACUUUGAGCAGAGGAAGAAAGAGGAACAGGAGUUGAUUGGGCUCAAAGAAAGGAUUGAGAGCCGGCGGGCGGAAAGAGCUGAGCAGCAGCGAGUGAGGGCUGAAAAAGAGCGAGACAGACAGACACGGAUUGCGGAGGAGAGGCAGAGGAAAGAGGAUGAAGAGGCGAAAAAGAGAGCAGAUGAUGAGGCCAAGAAGAAGAAGGUGCUCUCUAACAUGGGUGCUCACUUCGGAGGGUUCUUGGUCAAGGCAGAGCAGAGGCGAGGCAAAAGGCAAACUGCGAGGGAAAUCAAAAAGAAGACUCUGGCAGAGAGACGCAAGCCACUGGCUAUCGAGAACUUGAGAGAGGAUGGCCUAAGAGAGAGAGCCAAGGAGAUGUGGGAAUGGAUCUACCAGCUGGAGUCAGAGAAAUUUGACCUGACUGAGAAGAUGAAGAGGCAGAAGUACGAGAUAAAUGUUCUCCUGAACAGAAUCCAACAUGCUCAGAAAUUCAAAAAGGGCCAUGGAAAGGGGAAAGUGGGAGGACGCUGGAAGUGAACUCGCAUAGGAGGCGCGAAGAAACAAGAAGAGGGUUCAGGAUUAGAUUGCAACAGUUUUG